GAGCGAUGCUGAAUCAGUGCAGGAGCGGAGGAGCAGAGGAGGCUGGAAAUGGUGCAGCAUCAACAAGGGAAAAAGGCGCAGCGGUCGCGCCAACGGAAUUAUGCGGCUCUCCUUAAACUCUCACUUUGAGAUUUUACUCCGUCGACAGAAGAACAGGUAAAUGGCAGGGUUUGGUAAAGUGCUGGCCAGCCGAUGCAGUGCGUAGGGCCCGGUGUCCACGGCGACGAAAACAUGAACGGGGCGGGGGAGCAGGUUGACAUCCUGCCCUCCAACUGCUUGGUCAAAGAGCGCUGGAAAGUGUUGAAGAAGAUUGGAGGAGGAGGGUUCGGGGAGAUCUAUGAGGCCUAUGACCUGUUGACACGAGAGAAUGUGGCUCUUAAGGUGGAAUCUGCCCAACAACCAAAACAAGUGCUAAAGAUGGAGGUUGCUGUGCUGAAGAAACUACAAGGGAAGAAUCAUGUUUGCAAAUUUAUUGGAUGUGGAAGAAAUGACAAGUUCAAUUACGUUGUCAUGCAGUUGCAGGGAAGGAAUCUCGCUGAUCUCAGGAGGAGUCAGCCUAGAGGGACAUUCAGUAUGAGCACGACUCUACGGUUGGGAAAACAGAUUCUGGAGUCCAUUGAAGCCAUUCACUCUGUGGGCUUCCUGCACCGAGACAUUAAACCUUCUAAUUUUGCCAUGGGACGAUUGCCAUCUACCUGUAGGAAAUGUUACAUGCUGGACUUUGGUUUGGCACGACAGUACACUAAUACGAAUGGGGAAGUGCGGCCUCCCAGGACAGUGGCUGGGUUCAGAGGGACAGUACGCUAUGCUUCCAUUAAUGCUCACAAAAACAAGGAAAUGGGUCGUCAUGAUGAUUUGUGGUCAUUGUUUUAUAUGCUGGUGGAGUUUACCGUUGGACAAUUACCAUGGCGUAAGAUAAAAGAUAAGGAGCAGGUGGGACAGAUUAAAGAGCGCUACGAGCACAGGAUGCUGUUGAAACACAUGCCUGCUGAGUUUCAUGUCUUCUAUGACCAUGUGCUGGAUUUAGAUUACUACACCAAACCUGAUUACCAGCUGCUAAUGUCAGUAUUUGAGAAUAGCAUGAAAGAGAGGGUGAUAACAGAAAAUGAGCCUUAUGACUGGGAAAAAUCUGGAACAGAUACAGCCCUCCCUACCAGCACACACACACCACCACAACAAAACACACGGCAAACUGCUGCUAUUGUGGGGAUGGUGAAUGUGACACCAGUACCUGGUGAAUUACCAAGGGAAAACACUGAUGAUGUCCUUCAAGACGAACACCUGAGUGACCAAGAGAACGCUCCACCUGCUUUGAUACCCAGCAGGCCUAGCGAACCUGCUCCAGCCCCACCUGCUUGUGAAGGGUGGGAUGAAACUGACUUCAACCGUAACAAACUCAGGAUCAGCAUCAGUAAGACGCAAGUAGCAGCAGAGGAUGGGGAGGAGCCUGCAGGAGGAGGGAGGUCUGUUUCCCCAGCUAGGGGAGGAGAAGCAGACGCUCAUGCCCGCCCUCCAAGGUACCGGAGAGUAAACAGCCCAGAAUCUGACCGCCUGUCUGCUGCAGAGGAUAGAGGAGAUGCUGCGGAUAAACGCUCUCGAAUGGACAUCCUGGGUUCUCCCUCUCGGCACGUUUACUCCUCCCAGCCCGCUCAGAUGCUGUCCGUCGAUGCUGUCCGUGGUCGUAAUGAGGCGUCUGCAUCAGUGGACCAGGAAGCCCACAGCAAUGCAUUCAUCCGUUCGGUCCCACUCGCAGAAGAAGAGGACUUUGACAGCAAAGAGUGGGUUAUCAUAGACAAAGAAAUGGAGCUCAGAGACUUCCACCAUCUUCCAGGGGCCGAGCCCACCACUUCCGGAACCACAGAUGAGGAGCCGGAGGAAUUACGCCCUCUGGAGGAAGGAGAAGAGCGGCGGAGACAUAGAGGGACAGAUCCGUCAGUCAGACCCAAGAUGUCACACGGAGACCACACUACACGAGGCAUGCUGCCUCUCACGGAGGAGGAGGCGUCCAGAAGGAGCGGGAAAGGCCAGUCAACAUCUGUGGAGAGUCCUGUGCAGUCGCCCUGUCACUCGCUACCCUCCGGACGACCGCGACGGAGAGAGUCAGAUCCCAACGGACCUCAGAGACAGGGCCCAACCCCGAAUGAGCCUUUAUUGUCACCCACUGACUACAGAACUAAAUCCCCAUCCUCAGAGAAGGAAAUGUUCCAUAUCCUUCCUAAACUGCAGGCAAAGAGAGCUGACUUCCUCACCGUCAUGCUUACAGGAAGCCUACACCAACGACGGGCCUUCACGGCCACACCACCUGAGACACAAGACGAAGGUCCCAGAGAUGACGACGUGACAAAGAGUGAAUCUAGUAGUGGUGCGAGUGAAAAGAGCACUGAGCGUAGUCAAGAUGGGGCUCCAUCUACCUUAGUGGCCGAUGAUCCACACAAAGAGCCAAAAGAACCAGGUUCGGUUGCUGAUGUAGAUCCUGACCAAGAGGAUGUCUCAAAGACGCUUGUUUUGUUUUCACCAGGAGAUAUGAAGAAGUCUCCACAUGCUAUAAAUGGCACUGAAGUGGAUCAGGCUGUGGCAGGAUCUGUUGCCUCUCAAAAUGAGCAGUUGGAGGAAGUUGGUCAACUAGAGGUAGAGAUCCAGGAGGACAUAAAACAGGCAGAUGACAGGCAACCUGAUGCAACUCCUGCUGACCCAUCCAUACAGACAUCUAAACCAGUGGUGACCAUCUCAACAACUCAAGUGGCCCCAGCCUCAAUUGCAUCACCCCCUUUCUCCAAAGUGGAGCGAACUUUUGUACACAUUGCAGAGACAACCCAUCUGAAUGUCAUGUCUUCCAAUGGUGCACAGGUACCUGAACUUUUGGAGGAGGUUAAAGGAAACUCACAGACAAAAGGUACAGAUAAGUCCCUUUCUCAAGAGCCAGGAGAGGUAGCUUGUGUCCAGUCUGAAGUCACCUCUCAGAUUCUUACAGAGGGACUUUAUGUACCUAAUGUUAAUAUUCUGGAUAGGUCUUUGCCAAAUGAGAGUAAUAAAAAACAGGAUGAUCUUGCGGUUCCUCGACCCUUAGACUCUAGGGAAUCUAUUCAUCGAGAUUCAUUAACUGACUCCACACAGGACAAGCAACCAAAAGAGGAACAUCAAGAGGAGAACACAAUACUUGAGAGUGUUUCUAAACAUCCACGGCCAAGGAGCAAAAGCCGAAUUCCUAUCCUAGUCCCGGAAGAUGAGCCAGUAUUUGACCAAUCCCUGUCCACCAAAGAACGACUGCGUAGAAGAGCCAUGCAACAAGACCUGGCCCGUCAAGUUGUGGAAAAACAACGUCAGGGUCGCUGGAUGAGACUGAAUUCCAGAAAUUCAUCCUCGUUAUCUUCUGGAGAUGAGCCUAAGAGACCUUCAGAGACUCUUUCAGCUACGGGCUCAGAGGAAGAUAUUGCUGAAUCUGAUGAUUCCAUCAACAAGCUCAAGAAGGAGGCUGAGGAAAAGUGCCGAACUGAGUGGCACAGCAGGAUCCCACGACCGGUCACGCCAAUAAGGAAGCCUUCAACUAAACUAGUAGUCGCGGCUCCUGUUAUUCAGCCUGAAGCAGAGACUCCAAAAUCAGAAAAAAAGGCAAGCAAUGGCCCAAAAGUACAGUCACAAUCAGGAUCAAGUGCUCCAGCGCUUCACGCAAGAUCGAAAUCGACACUGUCCCGCUCAGCCAUGUCAAGUGGAAGCAAUCGCAUGCCGCUCUCCUGUAUUCCGGCAUCCUCCCGUCGCAGCUUGAGCACCGCGAACUGCACUUUCUCUUCAACCCGUAUAGCUAGUCCUUCACCCCAUAGACUACCCCUGCAAACUGCACUCAGUGAAACCCGCAAGCAGCCGUUUGCCCUCCGAGCCACUGUGGAGCUCCCUGUGAAGUCUAGGACUACUACUUGCAGUGGUCCUGCAAAGGAUGUCAAAUCAUCACCAAACCAACCUACCACUACAUCUGUCAGGAAUCGAACCAAAGCUCCUGCUCACACGAAGAACACGGUUCCCUUAAAAAGGGAAAAAAGCACAAGCAACAACACACCUGCAGCCAGAUAAGACACUGUGACUGCUGUUUACUGGGAUUGUUUCUUCUCAAUUACUUGAACAUCUUGCCUCAAAAUGUAAUCUGCCCCAUUGACCGAAAUUAACCUUUUUAAUUAAUUUAAUAUUCUUCCUAAUCAGUGAAUGGCUAGUUCCAGUUUCUGCACCAAAUAAUUUUAUGUCGUACUAUAAGAUGAAGAGCUUUCACUUUGGUGGAAGUUUCUUGGAACAUAAUAGAGGAAAUGUCGCAUUUAGCUUAAACGGUGCUAUACUGUAUAUGUGUUGUUCUGUUGUGCAUAUUUCAUUUAAUAUAUGGUUUUUGAAGGUGUAUUUUAUUAUUAAUUAGAUGCCAAGUUGUCUUUGGCCCUUUACACACAAUAAGGCUGAAAGGAGAUCAUGUAAAACUAUUUAUAACAUCUGAAACAGUCGUUCAGUAUAUUACAUGUAUUUAGCCAGCACAAAUUAUUCAACACCACCAGACACACAGAACGUUGUAAAAUCUGCCACAUAUCCAUGGACAAAUGCACAAAUUUCCUCUGGUCAGCAGCUCGGCCCUCUUUGUAAACCUUGUGAUGAUGGGCAUGCCUUGUCUUUAGCUUGUUACAAGUGUUUGAUGAUACUGCUGUAUGCUUGUACAUAUUCUUUUCAGUAUUUCUUGCAGAGACUUCUUUAUUUUUAUCAGGCAAAGGAAAUGGUAAAGUAUUUGGGUUUUAAUUUUGUUAAAAGGAAUAUAUUGUGGGUUCUACACCGAGUUGUCUCAUUUUCUAAGCAUGGCAGAAAUCACACAGUUAUUGAUAACUGUCAAUACAGAUUAUUUCUAAAUGAACAAUUCCCACCUCUUUUGCUCUUAUUACAAUGGUGAGAUGUUAGAUUUUUGUUGGAAUAAGGAGCAUAAAAUGAUCAAGUCUUAA